AGUCCCUCCGAUGAACACCACGAGCUGCGAGGCGGCGCUGGAGCUGCGUCCGCCGUCGGGCGAGAGCCCGGCCAGCGCGGCGCUCAUGUUCGCGGCCGGUGUGCUGGGCAACGUGACGGCGCUGGGGCUGCUGCUGCGGGCGCGGGCUCGCCGUCGGGCUCGCCGGGAGCGCCUGGCGCCCUUCCACGUGCUGGUGAUGGCCCUGGUGCUGACGGACCUGCUGGGCACGUGUUUGCUGAGCCCCGUAGUGCUGGCAGCCUACGGGCGCCGGCGGACGCUGCGCGGGUUGUCCGACGGCGGCGGCGUGUGCCUCUACUUCGCCUUCGCCAUGAGCUUCUUCAGCCUGGCCACGAUGGGAUGCCUGGGCGCCAUGGCGCUGGAGCGCAGCCUGGCCAUCGGCGCGCCCUACCUGUACGAGCGGCUCCUGAGCGCCCGCCCCGUCGCGCCGCUCCUGCUGGCCGCCUUGCCGGCCCUCUACGCGCUGGCCGCCGCCUUCUGCGCCCUGCCGCUGCUCGGCUUCGGCCGCUACGUCCAGUACUGCCCGGGCACCUGGUGCUUCAUCCAGAUGCACUUCCCGCGGGCCGGCGGCGCGGCGGAGCUGUCGUCGGGGGGCGCCUUCUCGCUCCUCUACGCGUCGCUGCUGCUGCUGCUCAUCUUGGCCGUGCUGCUCUGCAACCUCAGCGUCAUCGUCAACCUGCUCCGCAUGCAGCGGAGGGGCAAAGCCACCCGACGGGCGACCGCAGCUGCAGCCGCCGCCGCUUCGUCCUCCUCCUCUUCCCAGCUCCGCCAGACGGAGUCCUCCGACGGCCAGGCGCCCAGCCCCAGGUGCGCGGCCAGGAAGCAGCUGUCCAUGUUCGAGGAGCUGGACCACCUCAUCCUCCUCGCCAUCAUCACCAUCACCUUCGCUGUGUGCUCCCUGCCUUUCACGGUGAGUGGGAAGGGAGGAUGCGAUUGGGACGCCCCGGGGGAGCAGUCCAAAAUCCCAGGGCAGCCAGCCUGUGAGCUGGCCAAGAGGUGCGGGGUGACCUGCCAUGGGGCUGGGGCUGCAUCAGAAAAGGGCACUUAAAGAGGUUUACAGUUGUAGAAUUGUAGCACUGUAGUGUUGGAAGGGACCCCAAGGGUCAUCUAGUCCAACCCCCUGCAAUAUAAGAAUCUCAACUUCUUUGGCCAUCCCUCGUAGCUGAGUAAAAUUGUCUUCCAUAAACACGGUUUUAACAAUGAGUCCGUAAGUGACUGUGGAGGCCAAUUCUGGAUCCACACGUCCUUCCACAGUGGGGACAUUGGUUCCCAGGCGGGAGUUGAUCAAGGUGUGGAUUUGCCAAGUGUGCCUUCCUCUUAGUGUGUUUCUCUCUUGUGUCCUGAGUUCGAGUGUUUUCAAAGCCCAUGACCCCUUUGGUAAAGGCUGUUCUCCAACUGGAGUGCUCCGCAGGCAAAUGUUUCCCAGUUGUUGGUGCUUAUACGUACUACAGUGGUACCUCGGGUUAAGUACUUAAUUCGUUCCGGAGGUCCGUACUUAACCUGAAACUGUUCUUAACCUGAAGCACCACUUUAGCUAAUGGGGCCUCCUGCUGCUGCCGUGCCGCCGGAGCCCGAUUUCUGUUCUCAUCCUGAAGCAAAGUUCUUAAUCUGGAGCACUAUUUCUGUAAUCUGAAGCGUAUGUAAUCUGUAAUCUGAAGCGUAUGUAACCUGAAGCAUAUGUAACCCGAGGUACCACUGUACAUUUUUUAAGAUUUGCCUUGAGACAGUCUUUAAACCUCUUUUGUAGACCACCAGCCUUACGCUUUCCAUUUUUAAGUUCCGAAUAGAGUAGUUGCUUUGGAAGACGAUCAUCAGGCAUCCGCACAACAUGACCAGUCCAAUGAAGUUGAUGUUGAAGAACCAUUGCUUCAACACUGGUGAUCUUUGCUUCUUCCAGUACACUGGCAUUAGUUCACCUGUCUACCCAAGUGAUGUGUAAGAAUUUUCAGAGACACCGUUGAGGGAGUCUGUUCCACUGCCGAACAGCUCAUACUGUCAGAAAGUUCUUCCUGAUCAUACAAUUGUAGAGCUGGAGGGGACCACGAGGGGCAUCUAGUUCAACCCCCUGCAACGCAGGAAUCUUUCCCCCCAACAUGGGAUUUGAACCCUUUGAGAUGAAGAGUCUCAUGCUCUACAGACUGAUGUUUAGCUGGAAUCUCCUUUCUUGUCAUUUGAAUCCGUUAGUUCAGGUCCUACACUAUGGAGUAGCAGAAAACAAGCCUCUUUCAUGUGAUCACAGCCCUUCAGAUAUUUGAAGGAGGCCAAUAAUAAUAAUAAUAAUAAUAAUAAUAAUAAUUUUAUUUGUAUCCCGCCCUCCCCGGCCAAAGCCGGGCUCAGAGCGGCUAACAACAGCCAUCACAUCAUCUCUAAAUCUUCUCUUCUCCAGGCCUUUGAUAAUUUCGGUUGCCCUUUUUGGAACCAUUCCCAAAAGUGUUGUUGUUGUUUAGUCGUUUAGUCGUGUCCGCCUCUUCGUGACCCCCUGGACCAGAGCACACCAGGCCCUCCUGUCUUCCACUGCCUCCCGCAGUUUGGUCAAACUCAUGCUGGUAGCUUCGAGAACACUGUCCCACCAUCUCGUCCUCUGUCGUCCCCUUCUCCUUGUGCCCUCCAUCUUUCCCAACAUCAGGGUCUUUUCCAGGGAGUCUUCUCUUCUCAUGAGGUGGCCAAAGUAUUGGAGUCUCAGCUUCAGGAUCUGUCCUUCCAGUGAGCACUCAGGGCUGAUUUCCUUCAGAAUGGAUCGGUUUGAUCUUCUUGCAGUCCAUGGGACUCUCAAGAGACUCCUCCACCACCAUAAUUCUAAAGCAUCAAUUCUUUGGCAGUCAGCCUUCUUUAUGGUCCAGCUCUCACUUCCAUACAUCACUACUGGGAAAUUCCCAAAAGUACAAUAUCCUUUUUAAGGCGAGGCAACCAGAACGCUACACAGUUAGGAUCCAUGGGUCUUCUGCUGGCUGUGGGGCCCUGGCAGAUGCCCAGCUUGAGCACCCUCUGCUGCUGGCCCCGAAAGCAGCUGGGUUUGAAUCUGCGACCUUCUGCAGGCAGAGCAGGUGUUCUCCCAGUGAGCUCUUGGCCUUCCCCAAAGACCCUGCAGCCUUUUGACGCAGCAGGGCUGAUAAGGCAGCUUCCGAUGCCCCAGAGUCUUGGAUGUUUAGCAUUAAGGGCUCAGGAUGACUCUUAAAGGCAUGUUAAAUGUGAGACAUCAGUCAAUUUCCUCCUGCGAUUUAUGCCAGUGUCUAACCACGCUUCCUCCCCCGUAAAUUUUUAUUGAUUUUCAUACAGUUUAACCAAUUCCUUUCAGUUCCCAUACAACCUUCCCCUGGUGUUUUGACCUCCCAUCCUUACUUCCACGAUGUUUCUGUUCAAAUCCUUUAUUUGCUGCCUUAAAUACAGUAAGGUAAAGGUAAAGGGACCCCUGACCAUUAGGUCCAGUCAUGGCCGACUCUGGGGUUGCGGCACUCAUCUCGCUUUAUUGGCUGAGGGAGCUGGCGUACAGCUUCUGGGUCAUGUGGCCAGCCUGACUAAGCCGCUUCUGGCGAACCAGAGCUGCGCACGGAAACGCCGUUUACCUUCCCGCUGGAGCAGUACCUAUUUAUCUACUUGCACUUUGACGUGCUUUUGAACUGCUAGGUUGGCAGGAGCAGGGACCGAGCAACGGGAGCUCACCCCGUCAUGGGGAUUUGAACCACCAACCUUCUGAUCAGCAAGUCCUAGGCUCUGUGGUUUUAACCCACAGCACCACCCGCGUCUUAAAUACAGUACUCCCCCCCCCCAAAAAAAAUCAUAUAUCUUACAUUACAUCCUUUUGCUUGCCUUUCAAGUCUUGCCUGCAAUUUCGUUUGACGAAUAUUUUCUCAGAUGAUCCGAAAAGGGUCUCCACUCUUCGCCAGUUUCUUCUUCUUCUUCUAAUCAUUUGUGUUUGGUUUUACAAAUACGAAAUUAUAACAAUCCAAAGACAUAUCCAUGUAUUGAGAUUACUCUGAAUCUCUCGACUUCCCCAUAUCCCCUCCAUGGAAUCCUAUUUUCAACAUUUACAACUGCAUAUUCUUCCAUACUCUAAAUUUUAUAUCAAUCCAUAUUAUCCAUAGUAUUUAUUACAUUACAAGUGGAAUUAAAAUCCUGCUAAUGUUUCCAUCUGCUUAUAGUGGUCUCCUAGAUAACUUACUUUAAAAAUCCCAUUCUUUUUAAAAGUUUUUGCUCUCUUGGUUCCGGAGUUUCCCAGUCGGCUUUGCCAUUUCGGCAUAGACCAUCAUCUUAGCUUGCCAUUCCUCUCUGUUAGGGACUUUGUCUUUUUUCUGUCUCUGGGCUAGUAGCACCUGAGCAACUAUUGUUCCAUACAUGAAAAGUCUUUUCUGCUCCUUUGGGAUGUCAGUACCUGUAAUUCCUAAAAAGAAAGCUUCUGGGGUUUUUAAACAAAGGUUAUUUUACACAUUUUCUUUUCAUUUCGUUAUACAGUCAUACCACGGGUUACAGCUGCUUCAGGUUGUGUUUUUUUGGGUUGCGGACCACCGAAACCCAGAAGUACCAGAAUGGGUUACUUCCGGGUUUCGGCAGUCUCGCAUGCGCAGUAGCGCUAAAUCGCGCUUUGCGCAUGCGCAGAAGCGCCGAAUCGCAACCUGCCCGUGCGCAGACACGGGUUGCGAAUGCUGCGGGUUGCAAACGUGCAUCCUGCACGGAUCAUGUUCGCAACCCGAGCGCCCACUGUACAGUAUAUCAUCUCCCAGAAAGCUUUUAGUACCUUACAGGUCCAUCACAUAUGAUAGAAGGUACCUUCUUUUUCUUUACAUUUCCAGCAGGUGUUUGUACUUGUCCUAUUGACCUAUUUGCUAGCUUAAAAGGUAAAGGACCCCUGACAGUUAAGUCCAGUCGCAGAUGACUCUAGGGUUGCGGCGCUCAUCUCGCUUUACUGGUGGAGGGAGCUGGCAUUUGUCCGCAGACAGUUUUUCUGGGUCAUGUGGCCAGCAUGACUGAGUUGCUUCUGGCGAAACCAGAGCAGCACACAGAAACGUCGUUUACCUUCCCACCAAAACGGUACCUAUUUAUCUACCGUAUUUUUCGCUCUAUAAGACGCACCAGACCACAAGACGCACCUAGUUUUUGGAGGAGGAAAACAAGAAAAAAAAUAUUCUGAAUCUCAGAAGCCAGAACAGCAAGAGGGAUCGCUGCGCAGUGAAAGCAGCAAUCCCUCUUGCUGUUCUGGCUUCUGGGAUAGCUGUGCAGCCUGCAUUCACUCCAUAAGACGCACACACAUCUCCCCUUACUUUUUAGGAGGGAAAAAGUGAGUCUUAUAGAGGAAAAAAUACGGUACUUGCACUUUGACGUGCUUUUGAACUGCUAGGUUGGCAGGAGCUGGGACUGAGCAACGGGAGCUCACCCUGUUGCGGGGAUUCAAACCGCCAACCUUCUGAUCAGCAAGCCCAAGAGGCUCAGUGGUUUAGACCACAGCGCCACCUGCAUCCUAGGAGUCAAAUACCACUGGUACAUCAUUUUCAUAUACAGUGGUAACUCGGGUUAAGAGAUUAAUUCGUUCUGGAGGUCCGUUCUUAACCUGAAACUGUUCUUAACCUGAGGUACCACUUUAGCUAAUGGGGCCUCCUGCCACCACCGCACCGCCGGAGCCCGAUUUCGUUCUCAUCCUGAAGCAAAGUUCUUAACCCGAGGUACUAUUUCUAGGUUUGUGGAGUCUGUAACCUGAAGCGUCUGUAACCCAAGGUACCGCUGUAGUUUUCUUUCAGCAUACCUACAACAUGCCAUAAAUUUCAAGUCUGCUUUCCAUAACCUUUCCCAAUCUGCCAGCUUUAGUCGUUGGAAAGCACAAGGGGGCUUGGGCAGAAGCAAAGAUGAAGCUAGAUAGAACUGUGAUCCUGAAAUGAGGGCUGGGUGAGCAAUUUGAACCCCUGGUGUGUCAGUGGACGGGGGUGAGGGGAGGAAUAGACUUAAGAACUCCCCCAAUGAUAGAGCAAACACGGUCACCGUAGUAGGACGGUAGGGCUAUCCAUUGAGCGGUCCAAUAUCGUCAAUGUUAUUGGUUCAUUCAUAUUGUCAAUAAUGAAGAGGCUAAGGAACAGUGGAUGGAAAUUAAAACCUCAUGCAGGAAGAAGAAAGGAAAACUUCCUUCGCGGAUUUACAAAUUGCUAAAUGUCUUAAUACGAAUUGAAGUCAAUCGUUGUAGCUGGGGUACAAGGGAUUUUAUCAAGAGCGGAUUGUAAUUGGAUUGAGUAAUAGAUCGGAAGCAGGGUGAAAGGGAAUCAACAGACCUUGAAGUACAGCAGGCGGGGGGGGGCAUAUAAAUUUUUAUAAUUGGCUUUAUGAUUGAUUUGUACUUGAAUUUGUACUGCAAUUUGGAAUUAAUAUAAUAAGGCUUAUAUUGGAUUUUUGUAAUUGAAAAUUCAUGAAAAUUGUUUAACAAAAAAUAAAAUAAAAUGAAGAGGCUCGGGAGUAAACCUCACACAAAUCUGGAGUGGAGUCCCUAAGGUGGUUUGAUGACUCCUUGUACACUUUGUUAAUGGAGAAAUCUGAGGGCUCCCUUGGACAAAAAACAAGGACACCAGCCAGGAAUACCAGAGCAAAACAGCAGCCAGUAGGCUUGGUCUUUAUUGAAGACUGUCACGACAGGACUCCCACCUGCCACCAGGUGGAACAAGAUGGAAGCCCAGAACAAAAGAGAACCCAAACUUUUAUUAGCUGCUAAUCCCCAUGUUACAACUCCCCCAAACUACAUCACUCAUACAUUAUGGUUACAUCAUGAAAGGAGAGGUCUGGUGGCAGUAAUCUGAGCAUCCUGGACCCUGCCCCGUGGUUCCCCUUGCCCUCCACCAAACACCCAUCAAGUGUAACAAAAGAGAUCUUUACAUUUCCCUGUUUCCCAGCCAAGUGAAUCACACCUUUUGUCUUCGUCUGGCUUUGUUAUUUCUGGAAUGGCUACCUGUCUGGCACUCAGGUAUCAGGAUGCCAGGGAUUAUCCCUCAGGCAGAGGGGCUGCUGAGUAGCUGAGCUCACAUGUCUAGAUGAAUUCCUGAAGUUUUCCCAGUGAGCCAGUACAUAGAGACAUUUAUCAGUGAAUUCUUACAUUUGGUAUCGUGCAGCAAAGGCCCUUUGAAUAGAUAGGAAGAAACUGUGAUGAAGUGUUUUGUGGGGACAAAUCACAAAAGUCACAAAAGUGAUUGUGAUGAUUUUGGUAGUGAGCUACAUGUGCAUGGUAUCUGCUGGAGGGGCAACCCCCCCCCCCAACCUAUAAAUAAAUUCCUGCAACACCCCUAUUUGGCCCAUGCGUCCAUUUCACAGAAUAUCAGGUGUGGAGCAGAUAAAGACAUGAAGAGGGCUGUGCCUUUGCCUGUGAUAUCUGCUGGAGGGGUAAACCCCCCCCCCAGCAACCUAUACAUAAAUUCCUGCAACAGCCUCCUUCCAGCAACUCCUGCAGCCAAACUGGUGCCAAACAUCUUGCUCUACUUUCCUUUGGACCCCGCCAGCAAGGCCGAGGGGGGGGGGUCUUGUCGUCUGGGUAGUUCAGGACCUCCAGACACACUGCCCAGGCUUGCGCCCCGGGGGGGGGGGUGUCCCUUUGGACCUGCUAACACAGAAGUUUGACUUCACCCCCGGAGGCUCACCCCCAUUGUCUCUCGAGACGGAUGGAUGACAACAAUAACACAAAACAUUGCCCGGUAUUCCAGGGAUGGUUAGGUGGAUACAAUCUGUAAUGUUCAGUCCACCUUCGGGACUCUUUCCAGCCUCUCGCGGCAUAAAAAGGGGAAACUCUUAAAAAGUGCAAUAGAAUGCAAAACAUUUAAAUGGCUUUCUGUUUAUAUGCGUUAGUUUUUACGGCAUGAGAUGAGCAAGCCAACUGUGUAAACAAGGCUGAAAUCCCAGGGAGCUGCUAGCAAUAGCACAGCAGCCAGCUCAAAUUAGCCAGAGGGCGGCUUUUUACAAAAUGAAAAUACCACACAUGGAAAAGCCAGAAGCAAAUGCUGAGUCAAUAUAUAUGACGAGGAGAAACUUUGGGCUGGUUCACACUACCUCCUCUUGCCCCAUGCGCAGGUCUGAGUGGCUGCAGUUACCAUCCAUUUUACCCAUUUACAUUCCUCUUUUGUUUUUAACUCGGUACUACUCGGGCUAAUAAGAACCAUUAAUAAGAACCAUUAAUUUAGAUAUUUCUCUCUCUGUGUCUCUUUCUGUCCUUACAGUCUCAUCCCAAAGUUUAUUAUAACAGGAUAUUGACAUUCGGCUGUUGGCCCCCAGUAUUUAGCUCUGGGUUUCAACAGCCUUGAAACAUCUUCUCCACUUCAUUUGCGCCCCCCCCCCCGCCAGCUGAGUCAUAACUGGAGAAGGUGCAGCUGGGAGAUCUGCAAUGGGCCGGGUCAGAAAGGGGAAGCUGCAGUUGUGUGUCCUUUCGUCCUGGACUGCCUGGGACUUUCUCAGCUGGUAUUUAGCACAGUGAUAAGUCACCAUCCUGAGUCUGCGUGUGAGAAUUCCCGCUUUCCCAGUGGGACCUUCUCCUCCCCUAAAUCUGCUUUGGGGGCUCCCACUACACUCGGAAGCAGAUUUUGGGGGAGGGUGCAAGGCGAAGGGAGAGAGAUGAGCGGAAGUCUCGUUACGCAAGCAGAAAUCCUAUGACAGCUGUUUGGGGCUGCCUGGGAUUCCAGUGAUUUAGUUCAUGCGUGCCCCCAUUACUUUCGGGGGAGGAAUAUAAAAUAUUGAAAGGAGGGUGAAAUAUACUCGGAGUCGAGUGUGGAUUUCAUGCUCUAUAUUCAGCUCAUAGUAGUGAGGAAUGAAAGUUCCCCCCAAAUAGCUGCUUUAUAUACAUUAUUUACACAAUAGGUCGCACCUGAUUGGCUAAUUCUGGGAUUCUCCUGUAGGCCAAUCAGGUUGCGGAUUCACUUCCACCUGGAGCUGGAUUGGGUGGCUCCUGUGGACCAAUCAGACUGCUGCAUUGUUCUAGGACCAAUCAGACUGCUGCCUUCUGGACCCUAUUGUUCUAGGACCAAUCAGACUGCUGCAUUCUGGACCCCAUUGUUCUAGGACCAAUCAGACUGCUGCUUUUUGGAUCCUAUUCAAACUCAGCACAUAACAGAGGGCUAAUAAUAGAUCACCAGUGUUGAAGCAAUGAUUCUUCAACAUCAACUUCGUUGGACUGGUCAUGUUGUGCGGAUGCCUGAUGAUCGUCUUCCAAAGCAACUACUCUAUUCCAAACUUUGUGACAAGUGAGUGCUGCAGGUCACUUUUGGAACCUCACAAAGAUCAUGUACCACGUAGCAUGAUUACUUUGCGAGGAGAUCUGAAUUCAGUGGUGAAGCAUCUGUUCUGCAUGUAGAAACAGAUCUUGGGUUCUGUCCCUGAUAUACCCCAUGACAGGUGAAUAUGUCCAUUUCCACUGUCGGAAACAGUACAGUGGUACCUCGGGUUAAGAACUUAAUUCGUUCUGGAGGUUCAUUCUUAACCUGAAAGGGUUCUUAACCUGAGGUACCACUUUAGCUAAUGGGGCCUCCCGCCACCGUGCAAUUUCUGUUCUCAUCCUGAAGCAAAGUUCUUAACUCGAGGUACUAUUUCUGGGUUAGCGGAGUCUGUAACCUGAAGCGUCUGUAACCCGAGGUACCACUGUACUCUAUUCCGAACUUAAAAAUGGAAAGCGUCAAGUCAUGCUGGUGGUCAACAAAAGAGGUUUAAAGACUUUCUCAAGGCAAAACUAAAAAAAAAUGUAGUAUAAACACUAACAGUUGGGAAACACUGGCCUGUGAGCGCUCCAGUUGGAGAACAGCCUUUACCAAAGGUGUCAUGGGCUUUGAAGACACUCGAACUCAGGACACAAGGGAGAAACGUGCUAAGAGGAAGGCACAGGGAGAAGCUGGGAGGGAGGGAGGAGGCUCAGCCGGCGGCAACAUGUGAAGGAGAGGGAGGGAGAGGGAAAGAAUGCGUGAGUGCUGGCAAUUCCCGGACUGUCCGUGGGCUGCAGCCAGAAGGCAAUUGGGCCUGAUCCAGCCCGUGGACCUUAGUUUGCUGACCCAUACUCUAACCAUUAUGCCACACUGACUCUGCCCUACAACAGGUUCUUCCAAACCAUGGUGGCAGAGAGGGCUAUCAAAGGCUACUAGCCAUGAUGGCUGCCGUUGGAGCCCAAACUUCCAUCAGCUCCAGCCAGCACUGGGCAACGUUCAGGGAUACAACAGUCUGGAAGGACACAGUUUUCCCAUCCCUGUUUUGAAUGGUGAAUAAACUGAGGCAUGGAUACAUGAGGAGUUUUGCAGGUCUUAUUGCUUCCAGGGCUUCCUGAACGCCACGAUUCUGCAGAGGGGAGGGGAGGGUGCCAUAAUGAAUGGAGAUUCCUGCAAAUCUCAGAAUUAUUUCUGUGAAUUCUCAGAAGGAGGGGGGGGUAUUGUUUUGUUAUUUGGGUUUAAUUACUUUCUCGUGUAUUGCAUUUUAUUCUGUGAGCUGCCCUUUUAAUGGCGGGCGGUAUAUAAAUUUAAUAAUAAAAACAAUAAGUAAAAUAAAAUUAUAAAACCAAAAUUAAGUUUCUUUUUACAUAUAUAAUUUUAAAAUUAAAUUUUCUGUUACACAAUUUAAAAUACUCAUUUUAACAUCCUUAAAAUAUCAAUGACUUCCCUUCUUUUCCUUCCAUGGUCCAUUUUGCGUAUCAUAGAUUCCUGCAUAUUUUACAAAAACUAAACCAUUCAAUAUUCCACAAAUGCAUCCAUCAAACCUAAUUUACACUGUUGAAUUUAUCUUAAUGCUGCCAACGUUUUCAGGUGUACACAAUUCCCCCCUCCAUAUAUUCAAUAAACAUUUUCCAGUCUUCUUUAAACAUACGUUCUUCUUGUUCUGUUAUUCUAUAUGUUAAGUCUGUGAGUUGUGCAUAUUCUGUCAUCUUAAAUCACCGUUCUUCUUUGGUUGGGACCUUGCUCCCAUGAGAGCCAGUGUGGUGUAGUGGUUAAGAGCGGUAGUCUCGUAAUCUGGGGAACCGGGUUCGCGUCUCCGUCCUCCACAUGCAGCUGCUGGGUGACCUUGGGCCAGUCACACUUCUCUGAAGUCUCUCAGCCCCACUCACCUCACAGAGUGUUUGUUGGGAGGAGGAAGGGAAAGGAGAAUGUUAGCCACUUUGAGACUCCUUAAAGGGAGUGAAAGGCAGGAUAUCAAAUCCAAACUCUUCUUCUUCUUCUGCUCAUUUUCCAUUUGGGGGCUAACGAAACACGGGCCACAGUAGUAGCAUACAUAAAUAACCUUUUUUGACACCUGGGAAUUUCAUUCUGAAUUAUCCCCAAUAGAAAGGACUCUGGUUGUUGUUUUUUGGAAAAGUGAAUUUUAAACAUCCCCCCACCCCAAUUCAUUACAGAUUAUUUAGAUACAAAAGUAAGUUUCUGGCUGACGCUGCCUGACACUUCACAAGCCAGUAAGAAUUCUGGUGGUUAGGUGGGGGCGGGGGGGUUAGCGUUGCUCAGAGUCUUGCAUAACUCCUUCCUUUCCCAAGAAAUAGCAAAAUAAGACAAAUGAUGCAUAGCACUUAAGUCCAGCUGGACCAGGCCAAACUCCCAUCUAUUACAGCAUGCAGUUCUCAUGGUGGCCAGUCAGCUGCCCCAUGAGAAACUUGCAAGCAGGGUCUGAGCAAAAGAGCGCAUCUUCCCAGCUUGUGACUCCUAGCAGCUGGUGCAUGCUGCAAAAUGAGACCAGUGGCACACCUUUGUCUGUUUUUGUUUAGCCGUUUACUCGUCUCCGACUCUUCGUGACCCCCUGGACCAGAGCACGCCAGGCCCUCCUGUCUUCCACUGCCUCCCACAGUUUGGUCAAACUCAUGCUGGUAGCUUUGAGAACACUGUCCCACCAUCUCGUCCUCUGUUGUCCCCUUCUCCUUGUGCCCUCCAUCUUUCCCAGCAUCAGGGUCUUUUCCAGGGAGUCUUCUCUUCUCAUGAGGUGGCCAAAGUCUUGGAGCCUCGGCUUCAGGAUCUGUCCUUCCAGUGAGCACUCAGGGCUGAUUUCCUUCAGAAUGGAGAGGUUUGAUCUUCUUGCAGUCCAUGGGACUCUCCAGAGUCUCCUCCAGCACCAUAAUUCAAAAGCAUCCAUUCUUCGGCGAUCAGCCUUCUUUAUGGUCCAGCUCUCACUUCCAUACAACACUACUGGGAAAACCAUAGCUUUAACUAUACGGAUCUUUGUCUAGUGUGCAUCAUUUUGAAGGUGGCUGUGCAAGACACUUCCCUGGGAGUAAGCUCUACUGAAUAUCGCCUUACCCCAUCCAUGCGUGCUCAUUCCGCUGCUUCGAUCUGCAGAAAAGGCACUCUCACAGGGACCUGUUAGGCACUUGAUCUUUUGGCAUGGUAGCCCCUGCCCAUUUUUUAAAAAAUACAAUUUUUUUAUUGAGAUUUCCCAGUAAAAUUGCAGCCACGAAAGGUACAAAACAAAGGAGAAAAACGGAAGAAGAAAAGAAAGGGGCUAUAGAGAUAAAGGGAGGAAAGAGAGAGUGAGAAAGAAAGCAGAAGGAAAGAAACAUGAGCAAAAAUAAUAAUAAUGCAAAAGGGGAACUUCCAAUUUUCCGUCUGCUGUUUACAUAAAAGAAGAAACUAUUUAAACUAGUCACCAGCACUACACUUUGUGACAAGUGAGUGCUGCAGGUCAUUUUGGAACCUCACAAAGAUCAUGUACCACGUAGCAUGAUUGCUUUGUGGGAUGAUCUGAAUUCAGUGGUGAAGCCUCUGUUCUGCAUAUAGAAGCAGAUCUUGGAUUCUGUCCCCGAUAAACCCCACGAAAGGUGAAUAUGUCCAUUUCCACUAUCGGAAACAGUACAGUGGUACCUCGGGUUAAGAACUUUAUUCGUUCUAUAGGUCCAUUCUUAACCUGAAACUGUUCUUAACCUGAGGUACCACUUUAGCUAAUGGGGCCUCCCGCUGCCGCCACGCCGCCAGAGCACGAUUUCUGUUCUCAUCCUGAAGCAAAGUUCUUAACCCGAGGUACUAUUUCUGGGUUAGCGGAGUCUGUAACCUGAAGCAUCUGUAACCUGAAGUGUCUGUAACCCGAGGUACCACUGUACUCUAUUCCGAACUUAAAAAUGGAAAGCGUCAUGCUGGUGGUCAACAAAAGAGGUUUAAAGACUUUCUAAAGGCAAAUCUUAAAAAAUGUAGUAUAAACACUGACAACUGGGAAGCACUGGCCUGCGAGCGCUCCAGUUGGAGAACAGCCUUUACCAAAGGUGUCAUGGGCUUUGAAGAUACUUGAACUCCAGACCAUAGCUGUCAACCAUCCCUUAUUUGACGGGAAAGUCCCUUAUCCCAGCGCUGUGUCCCGCUGCUGUCCCUUAUUGAUGAUGUCCCUUAAAUUUCCCCGGUUUCAAAGGAAGCAGCUCCUCUCCCUCCAUCCCUGCUGGCCAGGGAGGAGGGAGGCUCCAAGUGUGUUGCCUGGCUGUGUUGCUCACCCAAUAAGGAGUCUAAGAACGACUGGGGGGGUGGAGCUUGCAUGCCUUGUGCCAAUCAAAUCGGCCGUGUUGCCUGGGGACUCGCCUUUGCUCAGCGCUUCCCAGCGGAGAGGUGACGGUGGUUUUCCUUGCUGCAUCCCCUUUGCCGGGUUGCUGCGCUGUGGGAACCACCGCUUGAGGCUUUGUUUGGCUGCUGGCUGGGCUUUCUGCUUUUGGCUCGGAGGGGCUCAGAAGUUGAACAUACCUGUGUUCGAAAAUCCCUUAUUUUGGCUGCUGAUCCCUUAUUUUCGAGGCUGCUGGUCCCUUAUUUUCAAAUCUGUAAGUUGACAGCUAUGCUCCAGACACAAGGGUUACGUGCUAAGAGGAAGGCACGCUUGGCAAAUCCACACCAUGAUCAACUCCUGCCCGGAAACCACUGACCCCAUUGUGGAAGGACGCGUGGAUCCAGAAUUGGCCUCCACAGUCGCUUACGGACUCAUUGCUAAAACCGUGUUUAUGGAAGACAAUCUUACUCAGCUAUGAGGGAUCACCAAAGAGAGAGAGAAAGCUUACUGGGAAAUGAUAUAUAAUAAAUUGAAAAGGAUGUCUAAAAUAACGCUUGUGAAAAAACACACACAAAAACCUCCAGAAGCUUUUCUUUUGAGAAUUAUAGGGACAGAACUACCUAAAUAGUAUAGACAUUUAUUUAUGUAUUCUACUAAAGCGGCAAGAAUGAUACUUGCCCCAAAAUGGAAAGAAGCAGAAGUCCCAGCAAAGGAAGAAUGGAUACAAAAACUUAUGGAAUAUGCAGAAAUUGCAAAACUUACCCGAAGAAUAAGAAAUCAAGAUGACAAACUUUUUUAUAUAAAAGAAUGGAAUUGGUUUAUUGAAUAUUUACAGAUAAAUUGUAAACAGAUAAGAACAAUGGCAGGAUUAUUGUCAUAGCCUGCGGUUUUAUACCAGCAUAUAUUUAAAACAGAUGAAAAUUAAAUGAGCAAAUUAAGUUACCGUAUUUUUCGCUCUAUUAGAUGCACCAGACCACAAAACGCACCUAGUUUUUGGAGGAGGAAAACAAGAAAAAAAAUAUUCUGUAUCCCAGAAGCCAGAACAGCAAGAGGGAUCGCUGCGCAGCGAAAGCAGCAAUCCCUCUUGCUGUUCUGGCUUCUGGGAUAGCUGCGCAGUCUGCAUUCGCUCCAUAAGACGCACACACAUUUCCCCUUACUUUUUAGGAGGGAAAAAGUGAGUCUUAUAGAGCAAAAAAUACGGUAGUUUGGAUAUGCAAAAGUUAUGAAAAAUACAUUUAAGGAACUGCAGAAAGGGGGGAAAGGAAGUCAAGUUUUGAAAUGUUAAAAUGAUUGUCAAGUUAGUGGAAAUGUAUAAACCUGAAAAGCAAAAAUAAAUUUAUUUUAAAAAAAGAAGUGGGAAGGAGCAGCGAAGGGAGACUCAGAGGCUGAAAAGGGAGGCUGGCGUAGGCCUGGAGGCAAAACCACAGCCACAAAUUCACCCUGGACUGUGAGCCAGACCCUCAACAAUUUCCUGUGUUCUGCUCCAGCCUUAUAAAGAACCUUCUUGCUGCUGCAAUGCAGUUAAGUCCACACAGUCAGAGCAUCCUUUGAAGCGUUUCCUGUAUUAGGGGGGCUGACGUAAUUCUCUGCAGCCUUUUCCACCCGUAAAACGCUUGAGGUUCAAAAGCAGAUCCCAACAUGCCUCCUCCGUUUAACGAAUAUUCCUGGGCGUGCUAUUGUCCUUCUCCGCUGCCCUGUGAAGUUUUGACAUCAGGGCUUCACUGUACUCUUUACAGCAGCUGCUGAAAACAUUUUUGUUCAGACAAGCCUAGCCAGGCAUGAGAACAUAAGAGCCCGCUGGAUCAGGCCAAGGGCCCAUCUAGUUCUCAUAGUGGCCGGCUUUUUGCGACUGAAUUAUGGUGCUGUAGGAAACACUUGAGAGUCCCAUGGACUGCAAGAAGAACAAACCUCUCCAUUCUGAAGGAAAUCAGCCCUGAGUGCUCACUGGAAGGACAGAGGCAGUGGAAGACAGGAGUGCCUGGCAUGUUCUGGUCCAUGGGGUCACAAAGAGUCAGACAUGACUAAACAACUAAACAGCAAUAGCAGUUUAGCAAUUGUAUAGCGCACGAGGCUUAAAAUGUUAUGGGUUUUAUUUUAUAGAAUUUAUACGCCAUGUGAUUGGUAAAAACAGCAACUCCCUCAGAGUGGUUUACAAGGAGAACAAAACAAUGACAUCGUCAGUAAAAAACAAGUCCUUAAAACAUUCAGGAGGAACAAAACCCCAGCAAUAAACUGAAAACAGAUUGAAUGUCAGAAGCAAGCUAGCAGUAAAUCACACCAUGCACAUCAGAGUUAACUCUUGAUUGGCAAAAAUACCAUCUGCCAGGACCUGGCAGAGUGUCAGGCCUAAUGAGUACAGCAUCUCCAUCCCGGUAGGUCUUGCCCCCAUGAAGCAGUUGCUGAGACUGAAGGUCCCCACAGCUGCCUAAGUCAUCUCCUCUCUAGGGUUUUCCAAGCAAUUGGAGACUGUGCCUGCAUUCCAGCCUUUGCUCCUCGCUCUUCAUGCCUCUUCUGGCCCUGGGAGACAAGGGGGAAGUUUGUCACAGCAGGAGGGGAAGACACCUGUGACUCUUCACCAGCCUAACUCAUCUCUGCCUCUCUCUUUUUUAGAAAUAAUUUUUAUUCUUUUUCAAUUACAAAAACCCAAUAUAAGCCUUAUUAUAUCAAUACCGAAUUGCAAUACCAAUUUGAAUACAAGUCAAUCAAAUAGCCAACUAUUAAAUUUAGGUGGCUCCCUGCAUGCUAGCCUUCAAGGUUUAAUAAUUCCCUUUAAUUACUGUAAUGGUUCUAGGGGUUGCUCGUGCGUAAAUGGGUGCCCCACCUGGCUGGGUUGCCUGAGUGAACCUUUUCUGUCCGGACAGCCACUCGCCCGUGGCUGUCUCAAUCGCUGGCAGAAUCCGUCAGUGGGCGUUUCUUGAACUUCUUCCAGCACAGAAGUUCUUGGACGCCUAGUCUCCGCCUAGUCUCCCUGCGCGGAAGCCUUCUGCGCAGGGAGGGUGUGGGCAGCGGAGGACCCGUGCUCUCCCCACUGGUCCCCAGCGAAGAGUCAUGGAGCCACCUCGCCGAUUCCCCAUCUGCCCCCUUCUCCACUGGUGCUACGCUGAUUCUCUUCCCCAGAAGAUGUGCUGCUUCUCUCCCUCCCGGGACGCUCUCCGGAAUCCCUCUGGAGCCCUCCCUCUCCCUCUGGCUCCGAUGGCAGUUCCAUGACAAUUACGAUCCAAUCUUAAUAAGAAUCCCUUAUACCACAGCUACAAUGUUUUAAUUUCAAUUCAUAUUAGCACAUUUAAUCAUUUAUGUGUCCGCUAGUGAAAUUCUCCUUUCUUCUUCCUGUGUGAGGUAUUUAUUUUAAUCAAUUAUUCCUUUGCGUCUUUGCCAAAUAGUAUGUCCACCUUGGUUAUUCCUGGUCUCUGUCAUGCCUUGUGUCUUUUUGUCUCGAUGCCAUUCUAGAGCAGGCAUGGCCAAACUUGGCCCUCCAGAUGUUUUGGGACUACAAUUCCCAUCAUCCCUGACCACUGGUCCUGUUAGCUAGGGAUGAUGGGAGUUGUAGUCCCAAAAUAUCUGGAGGGCCGAGUUUAGCCAUGCCUGUUCUAGAGAGAUCUCUCUUUUUUUGUUUUCCAGCCCCUCUGGCUGCAGUUGUAAAAUCCCACCCAUCUCUGCCUCUUGACCUCCCUUGUCCCACUUGCCUGCUUCAGCUUCUGCCUCCGAUUCUGGACUUCUCUCUGCCAUAGACUCUCCCAGCUCACCAAGUCCUGUUACUGCUUCAGCUUCCGACAUCUUCUCUUCCCAGUCUUCUCCCUGUGUCCACUCAUCGUUGCCCCACCACCAAUCCCUGGGCUCUGAGCCUUCUUUCCUUGGAGGUUCCCCAACUGGUCCCUUCCACCAUUCCUCUGCGUCCAGCCAGUCCAAGACAUUGAAACAUAUAUAUCAACGUUCUACAUGGAAUGUCAAAUUAUCACUUCCACAGGAGGCAGUGAUGGUUAGUGGCUGAGAUGGCCUGGGACUCGGGCUUGGACUUGGAACCAGAGGAGUCUCAGUCCGCAACGGAUCCUUUGCCUCAGGCAUCACUUAAACCAAGUCCAGGGCCUGAUCCUGAAGAGUCCCAGUCUGCAAAGUUUCCCCUGCAACAAACACCAGCUGGGCCGAGUCAGGGGCCUGAGCCUGCCCUGGCUCCAGAUGUGGGGAUGACCUCGUUGCCUCCAGCUGGGCCAUCACUUACAGCUGCUCCACUACCAGUUGGGUCAGGGGAGGCUGAGGCGGCCCCUGGGUCUAGUAACCCACCGACAUCUCCCGAGCUGCAGAGACUAAGGUCUGAGGGAAGGAGAGACCUGAGUACUCACAGGAGGACUGUUAACCUUCAGGCGAAACAGGGAGGUGAGUCGCCGGGGGAUCAGGACUGGCCGCUACCCCGACAAAGAUAAAAGGCUGUCGGACUCUGCCACAGGUUGCGGGAGCAACAUUGCUGUAUGCCAGAUCCUGCCUGAGAUCCUGUACCUGCCCUUGCCUGGUUUUCUGCCUAGUGUCCUGCCUUGGCCCUGUCAGACUGACGCCUAGCAGAACCUUCGGAUUCUGGACCGGCCCUGGACAGCGUUGCACGGGUUAUCCCUGGGCCCAGCACAGUGGCUGCUAGCCAUGACAGCAAUGUCCUGUCUCCACUUUUGGAGACAGCAAUGUUUGUGAAUGUUUAGUCGUUUAGUGGUGUCCACCUCUUCGUGACCCCAUGGACCAGAGCAUGCCAGGCACUUCUGUCUUCCACUGCCUCCCGCAGUUUGGUCAAACUCAUGUUUGUAGCUUCGAGAACACUGUCCAACCAUCUCAUCCUCUGUUGUCCCCUUCUCCUUGUGCCCUCCAUCUUCCCCAACAUCAGGGUCUUUUCCAGGGAGUCUUCUCUUCUCAUGAGGUGGCCAAAGUCUUGGAGCCUCAGCUUCAGGAUCUGUCCUUCCAGUGAGCACUCAGGGCUGAUUUCCUUCAGAAUGGAGAGGUUUGAUCUUCUUGCAGUCCAUGGGACUCUCCAGAGUCUCCUCCAGCACCAGAAUUCAAAAGCAUCAAUUCUUCGGCAAUCAGCCUUCUUUAUGGUCCAGCUCUCACUUCCAUACAUCACUACUGGGAAAACCAUAGCUUUUACUAUACGGACCUUUGUGGGAAAGGUGAUGUCUCUACUUUUGCUAAACAGUGUGUUGUUAUUCUUGUUUCUUUCCAGGUCCGUGCCUUUAUGAACCAUUUUGACCCGGGUGUGGAUUACAAGGAAGACCUUCAGGCAAUGCGGUUCCUGUCCUUCAACUCCAUCAUUGACCCCUGGGUGUUUGCCAUCCUCCGGCCCCCCAUCCUGAGGGUGAUACGCUCUGUCCUCUGCUGCCGGGUGCCCCUAAAACCACGAACUACGGACAGGCAGAGGCCUCCCUUUGCCAAACCAAAGCCCGUCGAACAGGCUGGCAUUUGCAGGCAGUGAACGGUCUCCUGCUUUUGGAGAAGAAGUUUGAAAGUCCAUCUCUGGACAGUUCCUCAGGGUAAUUCCAGGAGAAUGGCUGGAAUUCUCCAUUCCCAUGUUGGCAUGCCUGGUGAACAUCAAAGUAUGCGCUGUCCUGCAUUUCCCUAGGGUGAUUGUCUGAAAUGACUCCGUCCUAGACCUGUAGAGUUUGAAGGGACUUUUAGGAAUCCUACUCUACUCCAAUGUUCUGCCAUGGGGGAAUCACAGCUAAAGACAUCCUGGCAUAGGUAGGUAGCCGUGCUGGUCUGCCGUAGUCGAAACAAAAUUUUAAAAAUGGACAUAAAUCUGACAUCAGGAAUCACAAGACAGAGAAACCAGUAGGAGAAGACUUCAAUCUCCCAGGACAUUCUAUACAAGAUCUCAAAAGUAGCUGUCAUAUUACAAAAUAAUUUCAGAAAUAGACUGGAAAGAGAAGUUGCUGAAUUGCAACUUAUUACCAAACUUAAAACCAUGGAGAGACCUGGUCUGAAUAGAGACAUUGGAGUCUUAUCUCAUUAUACAUGAUAAAGCUAUUUUUGGCCAUCUCACCCCUUGCUUUUUCCUGUAAGACCAAUUGCAGUCGUUAACAGUCGUCAGCUGGUUUACCACACCUAUCAGCCAAUCACCCAUUCCCACCACCCUCUCACGAUAUAUAAGGGUCCGGUGACUUCUGUUUCAGUGUAACUGAAGAAGUGUGCAUGCACACAAAAGCUCAUACCAAUAACAAACUUAGUUGGUCUCUAACGGGCUACUGGAAGGAAUUUUUUUAUUUUGUUUCGACUUCCUGACAGAUGGCCAUCCAUCCUAACUGUUCACCAGGAAACACUCGGGUGGCAACAUUGGAGACUGUUCAGAUUGGAGACAACAUCAGAUCAUUGGUCCAUCUGACUCAUCACUGUCUUUGCUUCCUGGAAUUUUCUCUUCCGGAUUUCAGGCAGGGGUCUUUUCCAUCCUCACCUGGAGAUGCCUAAGAUUGAAUUUGGGGGAUUUUGCAUGCAAAGCAGUUGCUCUGAUGCUUAGAUGGGUCGACCUUACGUUGCACUGAGAGCAAGGGAAAAUUAUCUCCCCGAGGAACCAUUAUUUGUUUGCAAAACACUCUGUGACCAAAAGUGUCGUCUUUGUGCGUUUCUUCUCUUCAAUGAAGCCCGGGGCCAAUGCAAAGAACAUGAUGCACACUUUAUCAAUGGCUGUUGAAUGCAAUUGGAUAUUUAUCUUCGAGGGGUUUUCUCCCUCCUGUUUGCUUUGACAUCAGAUGCUAUAUGUCAGUAAAACUGUGUUUGGUCGUUGGUCAAUGUGAUAAGAUCCGUAUUAGCUUGCGUUAUCUUAUAUGAACCAUUAGCUUUGUCGUCUACGCACUGAAAUCAACAUCUUCCAAUCCAGAAGGAAGAUGCUCUUACCUGAAGCAGGUAGAAGCAUAAUUUACUAGUGCAAACUAUGCACAAAAUGGCCAGUAAGUGUGGAAAGUAGAUAGGAGGCAGAAUGUGGAGACGUUCGCUUCUGAGAGGUUGGGUCUUUUAACUGAAUUGAAUUGAAAUUGAAAUUGAAAGACUUUAUUGUCACUUGUACAACUUGUAUACAGUGAGGUUACACGAGCACUCCACACUCAGCUCUCCUAGUCUUAAUUCCCCUCGUUUACUGCCGCACACCCACCAAACCAGAAAGUCAGCUGCCCUGUUGUUAUCUUUUCAUUCAGCAGCCUAACAGCCCACGGAUAGAAGCUGUUCUUUACCCUGUUGGUGCAACUAAUCGUGCUUCUAUAUCUUCUGCCCGAGGGCAGGAGAUCAAGAAAGUGCUGGCCAGGGUGUGAAUCAUCUCCUGAGGCAACGUUCUUCCACUAUUUCAUCCAGCGGAUUCACGGGACAGCCCAUAAUAUCUUGUUCUGUAUUCACCACCCUCUGUAGGCACUUCCUAUCAGUUGAUGUCAAACCAGCGUACCACACCGUGAUGCAGUAGGAAAGGACACUUUCUAUUGUGGACCGGUAGAAGGAGAUCAUCAAAUGUUGGUUGACAUCGUUCUUCCGCAAUACUCUGAGGAGAUGGAGUCUCUGUUGGGCUUUCUUAAACACCUGGGUUGUAUUGAUCUUCCAAGUAAGGUCUUCACUGAGAUAAACUCCUAGGAAUUCAAAGGAAGAGACUCUCUCCACACAGCCCUCCCUCAUGUACAGCGGGGCUAGUUCUCCUCUCUUCCUCCAAACAUCCAACACCAUCUCCUUUGUCUUGCUGAUAGUAAGGUGCAAGUUGUUCCCUAGGCACCAUGUAGAUAUUAAUAUUAAUAAUAAUAUUAAUAUUAAUAGCAUAAGAACAACAAUAGCUCUGCUGGGUAAGCCCCUGGCCCAUCUGGUCCAGUAUAUGGUCCUCACAGUGGCCACCCAAAUAUCUGUGGGGCACUCAAAAGCAGGAUCCAACCUCAGGAGCCCUUUCUCCUGCUGCGGUUUCCAGCAGCUGAGAUCCAGAAGCACUUCCUCUGACUGUGGAGGCAGGCCAUCGCUAGUAGCAGCUGAUAGCCCUCCCCUCCAAGAAUUUUAUUUAUUAUUACUAUUAUUUAUUAAAUUUGUAUGCCGCCCUUCGUCCCCAGAUCUCAGGGCAGUUCACGGCAUAAAACUACAAGAUAAAAAAAACGCAAAAUACCGUAUUUUUUGCUCUAUAAGACUCACUUUUUCCCUCCUAAAAAGUAAGGGGAAAUGUGUGUGUGUCUUAUGGAGCGAAUGCAGGCUGCACAGCU